GUUAUUAGGACCAAUUGGUUUAUGAUAUAGAACCAGAACCGCCAGUUCGAUUGUGAGGUCACGUGUUCAGGUGCUCGUCAAUGACCCCCAAUAUUAACCGAUAUCUUAAAAAACAUGGUAUGACAGGACUAUGUAAAUUCCAAAUUUUAUAAUUUGACUUGAGAGGACGUGAAUAAAACUGGUUAACAUCCACACACAACCAUCCCCGACAACAAGGUACUCGAAUUCUUGUGAUCAGUUAGCUUAUAAGAGUAACUACAUCUAUCUCGUCAAAGAUACUCUCCUUCGAUCCGAUCGCAUGAAAACAGAUAUUCGUAUCACCAAAUCUCUAAACCCUUGUUGUAAUCACACCCUGUCCCUCUCAACUUGCCUUCAGACAAUGUUUCCCGGUGAAUAGUAGAUCUGAUCACCCGUUAUAUUAGAAAAAAGAAAACAACAAGUAAUUAAAUAUACGAGCUCAUGUCGAUAAUUAAUGGACAGCUUAUCACAUCUGCACGUGGCCGAAUACCAGAAGUCGAUCCGACGAUAUUUCGAGGUCGGAAUCAUCACGAUCGAUGACGUGAAAUCUGUGGGCGGUAAGGUACGCCGACGGUGGAUACACAGUACAGAGUACAGCUAUGUGCUAUAUCUAUCUAGCUACUAUAGCAGCUUAAGCAUAAAUGCUUCGAUUUGGGUACGUAGAAAUGAAUUUGUACGGGUAAAUUGCAAGUUUGGUCACUUGAAUUACUAAAAAGUUUCACGUUUGUCACUAAAAUUAGUUUAUUCCAUUCAUGGUCACUAAAAUUAGUUCAACAGUUCAAGUUUGGUCACUCUCCGUUAGUCUCGGUUAGCUUUCGUUGAUGUGGCAGUCAACUUUAAUAGUUGACCGUUAAAUGUGUGACGUGGCAAUUAAAAAAUAAAAUUUAAUCUUUUAUAAUUUCCAUUUCAUUAUCACAGUAAAUUAAUAAAUAAUUAAAAUAAUUUGUAAUUAUAAUUUCCGCUAUACUUCCCUCUCCAGCUCGACGUCACGGAGGAUUCCAAUAUGCUCCAAGGCCAUGUCGGAUGCCUUGGCAAGGAUUUGUUUGGCAAUUGGGAACAUAAUGGUUUCCGCAGCCAUCUGAGGGAAAUCAAGUGAAAAUGAAAACGAGAACUGGGGAGCUUGAGCAAGACCAAAUGUAGAGUGAGAGAACAGGGGAAAUUAAGAACAAGGGAAAACCUUUAGAGUAAGAAAGCAAAGAAAAAAUUGGGGAACAUCGAGUGAAGAAGGGUCAGAAUAAAAGAAGAACAGGGGAGCAAGAGCAAUAGCAAAUCAAGUGAGCAAGAAGCCAAGAAGAGAGUGCCCUAUGGGCUUCUGAGCAGUCGCACCGUCUUAGUUUGUUGUGAUUCUGAGAGAUCUCUUACCAAUAUUAUAAUAGAACUAGUAAUAAUUUCUGAUCACUCAGAGGGCGGCUGCCCGAUAAUUAUGCAGGCGGUUGACGAUUCGGGCUUCGCGUUCCUGGAAUGGGCCUCUUUCAGGAUUUUGAUCGGGUCCACCGUGUCGCCGGAUUCAAUGACGGCUGCGAGAGCGUUCAUCAUUAGCUCCUCCGAUAGCGUACUCGCCCGGAUUGAUGCCUUUUUCUCUGUAGCCGCCCACCCCGUCCGCCACACCGAUCGUGGUGGCGGCGGCGCCCUCCGUGAUGUGGAAGAUGAAGUGGCAGUCCUCAAUCCUGCCAUGGUUGUUCUUCGCCAGCUGAAACGUACUUGUGAUCGAACUUAGAGGGUGAUUGCUAUUUAUUCUUGCCGAGUUGGCUCAGAAGAAAGCUGGUUAGACUCGAGUUUCCUAAGUCGCAGAUGUGGGAUGGGCGGAUCGGAGAAGACGUUGGCACCAUGUGACGCCGAGCUGCAGAGGGAAGUAGAGUUGAAAUUAUAAUUACAAUUUUUAUUAUUUAUUAUAUUUUUAAUUUAUUGUGAUAGUGAGGUGAAAAUUAUAAAAUAUUAAAUUUAUUUUUUAUACUUUUUUAAUUGCCACGUCACACAUUUAACUGUCAAUUAUCAAAGUUGACUGCCACAUCAACGAAAGAUAACAUAGACUAACGGAGAGUGACCAAACUUGAACUGUUUAAUUAAUUUUAGUGACCAUUAUUAGAAUAAACUAAUUUUAGUGACAAACGUGAAACUUUUUAGUAAUUCAAGUGACCAAACUUGCAAUUUAUCCGAAUUUGUACGGUGGGGAAGUAGAAUUUUGUGGUAGAGAAGAUUCAUACUUGUCCUUCGUGGAUUGGCGGCCAAGGCAUUCAAUUGGGCCGUAAGGUCGCAACAGAAACUAAAGGGUCCCUUUAAACGACGGGGAAAAAAAGGACUUCAAAUCACGUAUCCCAGCACAAUGCAUGACACUUGUCGACCGUUCACCAUCCAGCUUCUCUUAGCAAAUAUCUAGCUAGUAACUGAUAGUGUUAUUUAUCAUCAGUAUAAACUUUGAAAAGAGUUCCAAUUAAAAAUAGAAAAUUGAUAGGGAUGGCGAGGAGGGAUGGCAACCAUGCUCGACCCGCCGGGUACCCAUCCGAAACUCGUCCAAAUGGAGGUAAAAAAACCCCGUCCGUUAUGGGUAAUGUGCGAAUUCGGAUAAUGCCCAAAACCCGAUAAUAGCAGGCGAUGGGUGAGGAUGGAUCUCGUAGUAUCCGUCCCCAAAACGACGUUGUUUUCAUUCAAGUAACUUAACCCCAUCUGAAAUCCCUCCCAGCCAAACUUCACUUUUCACAAGCAGAACGGUGCGUUGUCAUUGACACUUUGUUUUUUUCACCAACCAGCACAGUUCCCUCAUCGCCCACCACCACCCAAUCCCACCGCCAACAAAAUAAUCUUCUCUUUCUUCUCCUCAAUACAUCGAGCAUCGACCGUCGACUUUGACCUGAAAGUUGCCAAGCUGCCAGCUAUUCGCUAUUCACCAAACACAGUCGUGAGAGGAUGACAAUCAGGAGCCAGGAGCAAUGCAUUCGGGGCGACGGGGAAGCUAAGUCUCUGUACGUUGCCGACAACCGUUUUUCGCAAGCUCCAUCCCAAACUUCCUCUUAAUAGCAGCGGACGCUGACCGUGGGGAUCCGUGGGUUUCCCGAACCCGUCGACAGACGGGGACGGUAGCCAGUCUACCCUCGUUUAGCCGUUGGGGACGGGAACGGGGAAAAUCGCAAAGGUUGGCGGACAGGGAUCGGGAGGCUUGUACUCGCCCCCGAUCCGCCCCGUUGCCAUCCCUAAUGGCGAGAGUGAAAUUGUAUCAUUUGUUGAAUUCUUUUAAUUCGUUAGUGAACAUUUGGUGGAUGAUACGUUGGAAUGGGUGAAUGUGUGCGAUACGUUUCAUAACAUUUUCAACCGGCCACUUUUUAUGUUUUUUAAGUUUAUAUAAUCCGUUGCUAGCAUGAGUCACAUCGUUGACUCGAUCUUCUUGCAUUACAUGAUGAAGUUUGUGGAGAAAACCAAGACGAGCUUAGCCUACAAGUCAAACUCGAUAUCAUUGCUUAAAUUUAUUUUUAAAUUUAGAGAACAUGUUGAACGUACGAAAAAGAUAAUUCGAAGGGAUAAUUACUAGUUCCUUAAUUAGGGGCAUUCAACUUCAAUUUGCAAGUUGGGUAGAUUAUAACAACUAAACUAAUUAGAUUUUCCCACAGUUGGUCUGGGGCGAACCUAAACUCUCCAUUUUAUGUCACUGUACAAGACCAUAUGAAAUUGCACUAAAAUUUCUCCGACAUUUUUCAGAUAAAAAAAUAAUUUGACG